UACCGGUGGUAGCAGUGACAGGAGUGUGGGGCGGCUCGGCGGCACUGCCCUGUGAGGUAUCUCAUCCCCCUGUUGACUCUGUCUACCUUCUCCUGUGGUUCAGGGACCACCUCACUACACCCAUAUACAGACUGGACGAACGGUGGCUUGGUCGAGGAAAGGAGCGACAUUGGUCGGACGAGGAGCAGCUAGGGUCGAGGGCCGUCUUGGAGGUAACGACGUCGCCAGCGCUACUCAGGGUAUCGAACCUGGGACUCGCUGACCAGGGCCUCUACACCUGUCGCGUCGACUUCAAGGUCCAGCCCACCAAAACGACCCGAGUCAAUCUCACUGUUGUUGUGCCUCCAGAGAGUGUGAGUGUGAUAGCGGGCGUUGUGGGCGACCCACAACUGACCGUAACCAGUGUGGCGGGACCCUACCAGGAGGGGGAUAUGUUGGUCCUUACAUGCAUCGCCCAUGGAGGUGUACCCCGUCCAUCUGUGGUGUGGUUUGAGGACACACACCUGUUAGACAGUCACAUGGAAUCCCACGAGGUCUUUCAACCGGUGACGCAGCCUCCAACAGCCAUUACCGUCACUCCCGUCUAUAAAGGAUCCACUCCUGUAACUCUCCUUCAGCGGUCUCCAGCAACUGUAACCACCUCACCAUCAAUCCCACCCGCGGUAGAGCCGUAUAACACCCUCACGUUAGGUCCGCUCACCCGGAAUGAUCUGAAGCUUUUGCUGACCUGUGAGGCUUCGAACAACAAUUUGACUCUGCCAACGUCUUUAGUCGUGAUGGUUGAUAUGAAUUUACCAGCGCUAUCGGUAGUUAUCCGCGCCCCGGAACUACCACUGAGGGCGGGCAGAGAAUACCAGUUGGUAUGUGAAGUCCGCGGCUCCCGGCCCCCUCCUACAAUCACCUGGUACGAUACCCACACCAGGAUACCAGACGCCAUUGAGACGACCUCAGCGGACGGAAACGUCACUACCAGCACUUUGGUCUUUACUCCGAGACCUGAAGACCACGGCACUACUCUACGAUGCCUGGCUGAGACCAGAGCAGCUCACGCCACCAUGGAUGAUGUCUGGAACCUCACCGUUCACUACCUGCCGACGGCUGCUGCCAGCUUCGGGUCGUCGCUGGACGAGGCCAACAUCAAGGAAGGGGACGAUGUAUACUUCGAGUGCUUCAUCGAGGCCAACCCCAGGGUCUCUCACGUGUCUUGGCGCCAUAAUAACGAGGUGCUGGUCCACAACCUGUCCAGUGGAGUCAUCAUCAGCAACCAGAGUUUGGUGUUGCAGAGGGUCGUCAGGUCCCAAGCCGGGAGGUACUCCUGUCACGCCCACAACGUCGUUGGCGACGGCAGUUCCAACUUCUUGAGACUUGAUGUCAAGUACGCGCCAGUGUGUUCCCCGGGUCAGGUCACGACCUACGCCGUAGGUCGCAAUGAGGACGCAGAGGUGACCUGUUCGGUGCAGGCUAACCCGCUGCAGGCCACCUUCCAGUGGACGUUUAACAACACGGCCGACACCAUAGACGUGCCCCAGGGGCGCUUCACCUCCUCCAGCAGUCACAGCGUCAUCACCUACACGCCCAUGACCUCUCUGGACUACGGCACGCUCCUCUGCUGGGCCUCCAAUGAGAUCGGAACCCAGAAGGAGCCCUGUGUGUUCCAUAUCGUUCCUGCAGGAAAGCCAGACCCGCCGGGUAACUGUACGGUGGGAGCUAGAACCCGUUCCUCCGUCAGGGUGAAGUGUGUAGCGGGUCACAGCGGAGGGCUGCCCCAACGGUUCCUGCUGCAGUCGAAGCUACAAGAAGGGCAGCACCUGGUCAACCUUUCUGCCCCUUCGCCAGUCUUCUUCGUGGAGGGCCUGCAGGCUGGGAAGAAGUACGACCUCGUUAUUACAGCCUACAACGAGAAGGGUUCGAGCCUUGCCACCCAUGUUACUGUGUCGAGCAGUGGUGCCAACGGUUCAGUCUUCCAGCCCCAUG